GGUGGCUGGGGCCGGGCCUCCCUGCCUGCUCAGACCUCGGGAGGGGAGAAGCCGCUGGAGGUCCCGAGGUCCCACGCGAGCGCCCAGCUCCUGAGAGCCCGCGGCCAUGACCCCGAGGCUCCUCCUGACCCUCGCCCUCUGGGCCGGCUCCACCUGCCGUGGAAGGGAAGCACCCCCAGCCCACCCCAGGGUGCAGUGCCGAGCGCCGAGGUACCCGAUCGCGGUGGACUGCUCCUGGACCCUGCCACCCGCGCCGAACUCCACCAGGCCGGUAUCCUUCAUCACCACGUACAGGCUCGGCGUGGCCCCGCACGGGGAGAGCCGGCCCUGCCUGCAGCGGGCGCCCGGGACCCCCAGCUGCACCAUCCCCGACGUCCAGCUCUUCUCCAUGGUCCCCUACGUGCUCAACGUCACCGCCGUGCACGCCGGGGGCGGCCGCAGCAGCAGCUUCCUGCCUUUUGUCCCAGAGCGCAUCAUCAAACCAGACCCUCCGGAAGCCGUGCACCUGCGCCCUCUCCCCGGGCAGCGGCUGCAGGUGCAUUGGGAGCCCCCUCGGUCCUGGCCCUUUCCGGAGGUCUUCUCCCUCAAGUACCGGGUCCGCUAUAGGCGACUGGGAGCCACGCGCUUUCGCCAGGUGGGGCCCAUCGAAGCCACGUCCUUCACCCUCAGAGCCGUGCGGCCGCGAGCCAGGUACUGCGUCCAGGUGGCAGCCCAGGACCUCACAGACUACGGGGAGCCCAGCGACUGGAGCCUCCCUGCCACGACCCCCUGACCGUGGGCACGCGGGGGCUCCCCCAUGCCCCGAAAGACAGCUGGGUCUCCGCCGUCCGCCCCGCCUGGGUUCGAGUGUUGGUUUCGCUGCUGAGUAACCUUGCCCAGCGACUCUGCCUCCCCAAGCCAUCCCAGUCCGCGUGAUGGGGUGGACGUGGCCCUUGGGGCGUCGCGAGCUGUGACUGAGAGGUCUCCAUUACUGCUUGAUUAGAAAAGAACCUUUGUUGGAAUCAGGACCCCACCUUCGCUCAGAUCAGACGGGAGGGCUCAGCCCUGGCCCCUGGGGGAGUCUGAGACGGGAAGGACAUGGAGGGCCCAGCCUGGGGGCACUGGCUUGGUCAACUGAACUGCAGCGCUGGAGGCCCCAUGGCGGACGUGUGUUCGGAGCCCCAGGCCAGCCCGAAAGCGUGUCGGGUGCGUGUGCCCCAAAUCCUACGGAGUGGGGCGAGGGAAUCGUGUGACGGCCUCUGCUCACGUGUCUCUGUCGGUUGCGCCCUCGCGCCCUCACACGCAUGAGCUCUCUACUGUGUUUAUCGUAAACGCAACACAGAAACGUUCAUUAAGAAAAGGGGCCAGCCCCAUGGCUGAGUGCUUAAGAAAGCUGGAGCCCCGGGACCAGCAGAUGGUGUAACGGAUACGUCGCUGGACUUCCUCGUAGCCGACUACGGUUCAAGUCCUGGA